AUGCAAUCAUUUACUAAAUCUGUUUUUAGAUUACCAAUCCAUCAAUCAUUAAAAUCAUUUAACAGAAUGUAUGCAUCAGUAGGUGAUAAGAUUCCAUCAACAGUUGUUCAUGAAAACUCUCCUGGAAAUGAUGUCAAUUUAGCUAAUGAAACCGCCAAGGGUAAAUCUAUUUUAGUAGGAGUUCCAGGAGCUUUCAGUCCAGGGUGUAGUCAGAGUCACAUUCCUGGCUAUAUUAAGAAUGCAGAUGCCUUCAAAAAUAAAGGGUAUGAUCAAAUUUUUGUAUUAGCAGUUAAUGAUCCAUUUGUAACUAAAGCUUGGGGUGAAGAAUUGACUUCAAAGAAUGGUAAAAGCUCAAUUAGAUUUUUAGCAGAUAGCACCGGUGCUUUUGCUAAAGACCUUGGUGUGUUAUUUGAUGCAACUAAAGUCUUUGGUAAUGACAGAUCAAAGAGAUACGCUUUAGUAGUUGAGGAUGGUAAAAUCACCGAAUCAUUUGUUGAACCAGAUAAUACAUCAGUCGAUAAAUCAGAAGCUAGUAAAGUUUUAGAGAGUUUGAAAUAA